UUGGGACCGCAGGAGCCGAGGGAACUGGUGUACAGCUAUUAGAGGAAACAAUUUCACGCAAUAGCGUAAACCACCUCUUUGCGAAGAUGAGGACCACGCUGUCCGGCGACGCGGUCGUCAGCCGAAAAAUGCGGCCUAAUGACACUCCGGAUGCUCUGCCUACCGCGCAAGGGAACAGUAGUCGUCGCUUGCCGCCAAUUCCGUUGGCGUGCUCCGCCGCUGCCGCCGACGGCUGGCUGGUCACUGCUCGCAAAAAAUACCCCAUGCGGAAGGCGAGAACGACAGCGAACCUGCGGAAUUACCCCGGCGAGGGGGAGCUCGGGGUGUUUUUUGACACAUUUUCUACAGCUGAUUCGGGGAACCCGUGCCGGGCUCUUGUUAUUGCCAUGCCUGCCGUUCGCCGUUGCCUUUGUCUUCGCAGUUCUCGAAAUCUUUGGCUUUUCGUCCACCAUACAGACAUCUGGCGACAGGUGUUCGCUUCAUGUGUAGUGGGCGCCUUCUUUCUUCCCAAAAUCAUCUUCUCUCUUCUUCUUCUCCUCUCUUCUUCUUCUCCUUCUCUCCUCUUCUCUUUACCUU